ACUAGUUAUGGCGGUAAGUUUAUAGUUUUUUUAUCAACUUCAAAGUUCAUCUGGUGUGUUAUAUGUGUAUCUACCUCCUCACCAGACAGCAUAUCACUAUACUGCGUGCUCACCAUUUAUUUGAAUAGCAUCUGAAGAAGUGAAAAAAUUAUUAUGUGAUAAUGUAAAAAAUAUGUUGCGCUAACAACUCACUUACAGAAAAUGGAUGCAUGUGCAGUUACGGAGUUCCUAGAGUAUUUUGCAAGUUGACGCAAAAGGCUAGAAAUUCAUUUCAUGAUGAAAGACGAAGAGUGUGAACAGGUCGAUCAACCGAAUAGUUGUAACAUGCAUUGGAUAGGAGAGAGAAGUAAGAAAUAUGAUAACAUAGACUUUGCAAAAAAGAUGUCAAAAACGGAUACUUCACGUAAACGAACGCGAGAGGAAACCAAUUAUAAUACCGAUGCAUACAAAGCUUUCACAAAGUGCAAAACACAUAUAAUUGUGUUAUAUGGAAUUAUUGUUUCAUUGACAUUUUUUAUGAUUGUGAUUCUUUGGAAUUUAAGACAAGAAAUGUCAUUACUAAGGUCGUCGUGUGGAAUUGAUGUGAUACAGUCAGACGAGCAAAAUGACGUUAUAAAUCCCUCGGAUGAAAUAGAUUCAUACCUUAAUACUCGGAGUACUUUACCAUACCUUAAUAUUCGAAGUACUGUACGCGUUCGAAACAAGAGAAAUAUAGACGAUGUAAAGCGGACUAAAAGCCGGUCACACAGGAUGAGUCGACAGUCCUCGAACCUUCAAGAAUAUUGCAAGACAAUGUAUAGUGUAUGUGAGGCUCGUCGAUAUCCACCAGGACAAUCUGGGGAGCCAGUAACCAUGGGGCCCCCGGGACAACCCGGCCCGAAAGGGGACCUGGGACCACCGGGAGAGAGGGGACCACCAGGAACGUUAGGAUUCGACGGCCUUCCUGGUUCUCCGGGCGACAAAGGCGAGCCUGGUCAGAAGGGAGACAGAGGAUUAAUGGGCUUUGAAGGACCUAAAGGCGAACCGGGGGAUCCAGGCCCUAAAGGUGAAACCGGAAUUCCUGGUUUGACGGGUGAUAAAGGACUAGCAGGAUACCCCGGCCCAUCAGGACCCAUUGGUCCAGCGGGACCACAGGGCCCGGAAGGUCCGCGUGGUCAGCACGGCCCAGACGGCAAGGAGGGACCUAAAGGUAAUAAGGGGACAGACGGCAUACCCGGGGUGCCUGGCUUCAAGGGCGAUAAGGGAGAGCUGGGAGAACGGGGUUCACCGGGAUAUGGAAUCAACUGUAUAUGUGAAAAGGGCGACAAAGGUGAAAAGGGCCAACGAGGACUUAUUGGAUUUACGGGCUACAAGGGCGAUAUAGGGGAACCUGGAUUUAAAGGAGAUAAAGGGCAUGCCUUUAAAGGGGAGCCUGGGCCACAUGGACCGCCUGGACCAAGGGGUGAGAAGGGCGACUGUGAUCUUUGGAACAAAGAAAGACCAAAUCUGAGGGCUGUGAACGUUCUGCCCAGUGGCGACCAGUCUGGGCUCAGCUCAAUACCACAACAGGAAUACCAGGCGCCGAGAAGCAAAGGGAGUAACUCCGGUGCAAGAGAUGCGCGAUCUAGCGGAGGAAGUUCUGACAAUCUGGCUACAACGACGUUUUCUUCGUGCAUCCCACUUCUAUUGAUCCUCAAGAUUCAUUGCUUCUUGUCAUUUUUAUUUUGAAAGUGAAAACAGGCUCGUCAUCUAGGAACGGUAUUUGAAAUUGAUUUGCUCAAUUCUCAUAAGAUAGUGACUGGUUUAUUCUGUAAUUCUAGCGCCUAUGCAUACAAUCAUUGUUUAAUAUAUUCGGCUAUUUCUUUGGAAUAGCAUCACGUUAAGCAACACAACGCAAUCAAAAGCUAACGUAACGUGUGUUUUAUGGACUGUUUAAUUACAGCAACCUUUUUUAUUUUUAUUAAAAUCAUUGACAGCCUUGAUUUUAAAUUGAAUUGUUCACACACAACUCAUAUAUUCUUAUGUAAUAAUGUGCGUUAUUGCUCAAUGAUUAUUCCGCUAUAAAUAAAUACCAUUAAUGCAUGUCGGCUGUCGUUAUGGUAAAGUAAUCGAAUGUCCGAGGUAUCCGUUCUUUCAUGCGCACAAUCAUAAUUAUCUUUCACAAGCACGAAAAAUGUAUACAAAAUUAACCCAUUUUUUCCUAGCGUCUAGAAAAAAGGCCUUGGCAAACAGCCUUGACCCAAAUGAGACGGCGCAUGACGCGGCAUCUCAUCAGGGUCUUCGCUGUUUGCUUAAAUGAAUUUCUAUAAGAAAUAUUCUAAAUAUAGAAUUAAAUAUAAUAGACAUCCCUAAUUUUGGAAAUAAAUUUAUCCAAUUUAGAAGGAUGGGAGAGUCUACUAGGCUUAAAUGGGUUAAGUACACACGCGAAUAAGUACAAGCUAUUCUUCAAGUGUGUAUUUUAGUUAAAUAAUGUAUAUUUACUUUUCACAAAUAAUGGUCGAAUAAUUCUAUGAUUUGUUUUACAAUUGCCAUUUAUUGUUUACAUUUUAUGUUUCUAAGUUUAAAUGUGUUUUUUUUUUGCAAUUUGAAUGCAAGAAUAUGCAAUUUGAUCAAAUGAUGCGGUAUGU